UCUAUAUAAUCUUACCCUUUCCGGGUCUCCAAAUGCACAAAAGAAAAAUUUUCUUAAAUUUCCCUCAAAAUUCACAAAUAUAUGUUCUUCGCAGCUCAAUUCAACACCUCCAAUUGCUUCUUCAAGCACCAUCGUCUUAUUGUUGAUUCACAGACAAUAAGACAAUGCUUGAGAAAGGGUUUUUCACCGAGUAUGGAGAGGCGAACCAGUACGAGAUUCAGGAAGUGGUGGGGAAGGGAAGCUAUGGAGUUGUAGCUUCCGCCAUAGAUACUCACACCGGAGAGAAGGUGGCUAUUAAAAAGAUGACCAAUAUCUUUGAGCAUGUCUCUGAUGCCACUCGCAUUCUGCGGGAGAUCAAACUCCUCCGCCUCCUCAGGCACCCUGAUAUUGUUGAAAUUAAGCACAUAAUGCUUCCUCCAUCCCCCAGGGAGUUCAAGGAUAUUUAUGUCGUUUUUGAAUUGAUGGAAUCUGAUCUUCAUCAGGUUAUCAAGUUGAACGAUGAUCUCACUCCUGAGCAUCAUCAGUUUUUCUUGUACCAGCUUCUUCGAGCUCUGAAAUAUAUACACUCAGCUCAUGUAUUUCAUCGAGAUUUGAAGCCAAAAAAUAUUCUUGCUAAUGCAGACUGCAAGCUAAAGCUUUGUGAUUUUGGGCUUGCUCGUGUGUCCUUUGCCAAUGCCCCUUCUGCCAUUUUUUGGACCGAUUAUGUGGCAACUCGAUGGUACCGUGCUCCUGAACUCUGUGGUUCUUUUUCCUCUAAGUACACCCCCGCUAUUGAUAUCUGGAGCAUAGGAUGUAUAUUUGCUGAGUUGCUAGCAGGGAAACCCUUGUUUCCUGGAAAAAAUGUGGUGCACGAGCUGGAUCUCAUAACUGAUAUUCUUGGCACUCCUUCAGCAGAUUCCAUUGCACGGAUUGGGAAUGAAAAAGCUAGGAAGUAUUUGAAUAGCAUGAGGAAAAAGCAGCCAAUUCCUUUGUCAAAAAAAAUUCCAAAUGCAGACCCGUUGGCCUUGCGAUUACUUGAGCGUUUGCUGGCAUUUGAUCCUAAAGAUCGGCCAUCGGCUGAAGAGGCAUUAGCAGAUCCAUACUUUCAUGAUCUGGCAAAUAAGGAGCCUGAACCAUCAAGACAACCUAUAUCAAAGCUCGAGUUUGAAUUUGAGAAGAGGAAAUUGUCAGAAGACGAUGUGAGGGAGUUAAUCUACAGAGAGAUUUUGGAGUACCAUCCUGAUAUGCUUAAAGAGUACCUUCGAGGAACAGAUCAGACUCACUUUGUGUAUCCAAGUGGAAUUGACCGAUUUAAGGAACAAUUUGCACAUCUUGAGGAAGGAAAUGGUAGAAGUGAUAGAAUCAGUCCUCUCCAUAGGAAGCAUGCCACCUCGUUGCCCAGGGAGCGAAUCUGUACAAUUGAUGAAACUGAUAUCGUCAUAAAGCGUAGUUCAGCAUCUGUUACCCGUGCAACUCAACAAAGUCCUGAAAAAUCAGAAUCAACUGAAGAAUUGGAAUCUGCAAACAGAAAUGCAGUAGCUAUGCAAACCAGCUCUACCAAACCCAAGUGUAGCAGCCGUAGCCUGUUGAGGAGUGACAGCAUAUGUGCUUCAAGGUGCAUUGGCAUAGUUGGAAGUGAUCGUGAAGUACAUGCUCUCUGAUUUUUGCAAGGAUAUUUCUUAUAUGCGGCACCAUGGAGAGCCCCCGCUAAGUGGGUUGUUUACAAUUUGGAAAUUGUAUUUAUUCAGAUAACAUACUGUUGGAGACAAACAUAGGGUAUCAUUCUGCUCACUCUCUUUUUCUUCAUGCUAAUUAACUGCUUUUAUUUGUAAUCUUACGUUCAAAUGUGAAAUGCAAACUUCAGAAAGUGGGGGUGUAGAAAGAGUUCCUAA